AUGAACCAAGAUGAUACUUCCCGACUUGGAGAAUUCGAAUCCAUGUCCAACAUUACCCGAGCUCAAUCUAUAUCCCAACGAAAGAGCGUGUCCGUGAAACUUCAAGAAACUGAUAAAGAAGGUCAUUAUCUUCUCACUGCAGAGGAUGCAGAGCUACUUCAGGAUGUCCUCCAGAACAAGCUUCAUCUAGAGAAGACCGGACAGUCAGAAAAGCGUCACUUACACUUUCGAGAACUGGAAUUCACCAGACAACUGAGUACCUUUGAUCGUCAGAAUCCGAAUUUCGGUGCGUCUGAGUUUCAUGGGUUCUUUACGCUCUUCUGGUUAGGUGUGACUCUACUGCUGGUCAAGGUCGCAGCUAACAACUGGCGCGUUUACGGGACUAUUUGGGGCAAGAACGAGAUCCUUCUUCUAAUGUUUAGGAAGGAUGUUCUUGUCCUAGGUCUAUCUGAUUUUGCGUUGUGUUGGUCUACGCUCUUUUGCCUGCUUCUUCAGCGGAUGAUUUUGAGAGGUCACAUUCGAUGGAGUGGUUAUGGGUGGGUGAUUCAAAAUAUCUGGCAAACUACUUAUCUCGCAGUUGCUAUUUGGUGGACCUAUCAUCGGGACUGGCCGUGGACUCAUACGGUCUUUAUGGUUCUUCAUUGUCUGACGAUGCUAAUGAAGCAACAUAGCUACUCAACUUUUAAUGGAUAUUUAUCUGAACUAUUCAAAAAGAAGACGCUAUUGGAAGCCCGGCUCAAACGGUUGGAAAGGAGCAAUAAGGCCAGUCAACUACUUGCACAUACGUCUGCUCUUCCUAGCACCAGAAAUGCAUCUACGGAUACAUUCAAUGCGAAAGUCCCAGCACUGGUCAGGCCUGGGAGCAGGAAGCGUCGGUCCUCUGUCGAUCGCCAAAGUUUCCAUCACUCUGUUACUACAGAUCAUCUGCUGUCUUUCUCAGAAACGAUUGAAAACGGAACACCCCUAGAGCCAGACCAGAUGAAAUUCCUCAAGUCAUUGAUUGAGCGAGAAAUUGAGCUUCUAUCAGAUGGCCUUCGAGGCCAGUUCUCAUCCACAAAUCAUUAUCCCCGAAACUUGACCGUGGGCAAUUUUUGUGACUUUAUUACGCUUCCCACAUUGAUCUAUGAAUUAGAGUAUCCACGCACUGAGAGGGUCAACUGGAUCUAUGUGAUUGAAAAGACAGCAGCCAUCUUGGGAACGAUCAUGGUGAUGAUUGUGGUCUCACAGAAUUGGAUCUAUCCGGUGGUGAUGUCCACUAUGCGCAUGAAGGAGGAACUGACCCUAUCCCAGCGGCUACAAGAGUUCCCAUGGGUUCUGAGUGAUCUUCUGUUCCCUUUCAUGAUGGAAUAUCUCCUGGCCUUUUAUGUCAUCUGGGAAUGUGUAGUAAGUUUAAUUGCUCCAAAUAGCUGUGAUCUUGGUCUUACUGACUCCAUCAAGCUCAACGCUUUAGCCGAGAUCACUCGAUUUGCCGAUCGAGGAUUCUAUGCCGACUGGUGGAACUCAGUUUCAUGGGAUCAAUUUGCUCGAGAUUGGAAUCGUCCAGUACACAACUUCCUCUUGCGCCACGUCUACCAUAGCUCCAUCAUCGAAACCUAUCUUGCCUAUCCCGCAGAUAGAUCUACCAAGCGAGCAAUCCUCCUUUGCACCGAUGUGAUCGGCCAUCGUUUCAUUAAUGCCCAGCUCAUCGCUGAUCAACUCGCUGCUAAUGGCUACUUCGUCGUUAUGCCUGACCUCUUCCACGGUGAUCCGGUCCCAUUGAACCGUCCCGAUGGUUUUGAUAUCUUUGCCUGGCUUAAGGGUCCCCCAGGUCAUAUGGUGGACCGUGUAGAGCCAGUUGUUAAGGCUGUUCUCGAGGAAAUGAAAUCUUCCUUUGGUUGUGAACGUGUUGGUGGAAUUGGUUACUGUUUCGGGCUGCUAUUGCGCACACUUGAGCUUGAAGCUAAUGUGGAAAUAGAAAUCGAUUCCAUUUUUACUACUCCAAAACGCCAUGAGUCUGAGGUUAUUCUGGCAAAGACUGGUCAAUCCUGGCAAAUUAAUCUGUUUGGUGCUGCAGAGCAUGGAUUUGCAGUCCGAGGAGAUUUGUCUAACCCUGUUGUUCAGUUUGCUAAGGAGUCUGCUUUCCUUCAAGCUGUUAACUGGUUUAAUCGUUAUCUUUAG